AUGACACAAAUGAUAGGAGUGGAGAAGAAGGAAGAGGAAGAAGAGGAGGAAGAGGAGGAGGAGGAAGAGGAGGAGGAAGAGGAGGAGGAGGAGGAAGAAGAGGAAGAGGAGGACGAAGAGGAGGAGGAAGAUGAGAAGAAGAAGAGGGAUGAGCAAAAAUGA